UACACGCUUGGUAUCCACAAUAUGGUGCUCUUUUCCCCGAUAUCAGCAUCUUCGUCUUCAGCAUCUUCAGCAUCUUUAGCAUCUUCAGCAGCUUUACCGUCUUCUGCAUUUUCACCAACUUCACCGUCAACACCGCCAACACCUUCCAGAGUUCCAUCUCCAUUUCCAGUCCAUCUUCAGCUUUCUCUCCAGCCUAGUUCGACUCGACGUCCAACAUGAAGCUCUCCUUCGUAACCAUCGCCCUCUUCUCUGCCGCCGUCUCCGCCCUGCCAAACAUGAACUGGCACAACGACUGGUCCAGCCACACAACCAAGACCACUUCCACCCCGGCAGCCAUCCCGAAGACCAAAACCGAGACCACCACCACGACCGUCACAGCUUACAAGACCAUCACCGCCUGUUCCUCGGGGCCAACCCCCAGCGGCGAGAAGUGGGGUAAGAAGGCGCCCAAGACGCAUACCGUAAAGGUCGGCGGCCGCGACGGUGCCACUGCAAUCCUGAAGUACGAUCCGCCCACGGUAGAUGCACACAUCGGUGACACCAUUGUCUUCGACUUCCUCUUCAGGAAUCACACCGUCACCGAGUCGAGUUUCGACAAUCCAUGUGAGAAGCUGGAUGGCGGGUUUGCGUCCGGGUUUCUGCCCAACUUGGAGAACAUCCCCGGCACCGUAAACUUCACGUACUCGGUCGUCGACACCAAGCCUCACUGGGUCUACUGUGGGCAGAAGCAGCCGCAGCCGCACUGCCAGCAGGGAAUGGUCUUCACGAUCAACGCGCCCAAGACCGGCAACACCUUCGAAGCGUUCCUCUCUGCGGCCAAGGCGGCCCCGACCAUUCCCAGCACACCAUCAGCGCCCGUCCCCGCGCAACCCAAGAAAACGCACGCAGUCGUCGUAGGCGGCAAGCCGAGUCCCUCUGCCGCGCCCGUGCUCCGCUACUCCCCCGAGACGGUCGAAGCCGCCGCGGGCGAUGUAGUCGAGUUCAACUUCCGCGCCAACGCGCACACCGUGACCCAGAGCAGCUUUGAGAACCCGUGCACGGGCAUCGACGGCGGCUUCAAGACCGGCCUGCAGAACAACACCAUGGACGUCGAUCGCGCCAUCCUCAGGGAGUUUGUCGUCCCCAAGACUGAUGCCCCGUUGUGGUUCUACUGCGGCGCCCCGACCCAUUGCCAAAAGGGUAUGGUCUUUGCUAUCAAUGCGCCCACAGAGGGUGAGAGGACCUUUGAGAAGUUUCAGAAGGCGGCUAUGGCGAGUGCUUAGGAGGGGGGCGAGUCUGUUUUUUUGUUUUGUUUUGUUUGUUUGGUUAGCGGCGAUGGGUUUACGGUAUAGAAUGUAUGAUUAACGGUUGCGGAUGCAUACUGUAUGGCGGUGUUUGAGUAACUAUAGAUUUAUCUGAAGGCAUAUAUAAUGUUUUGGACUCGGGACUCGGGACUCGAGACGCCGCAAGGCGCAUGUUGUGAUUCGUGACACCGAAUACCGUAGUC